AUGUAGCAAUUCAAAAGAUUACUCCCACUCAUGAACACAAAGUUUCAUUUAAAACAUCAAGUGCCAUACAACUCAAUACUGAACAAGCAAAGAAUCUAGCAGGAGUAGUCAUCGAAGUAUCUCAAUUAAUAUUAAAAUAUAAGGCUGGAUAAGGCAAUCACGACCACAAAGGUGAGUUUGUUAAAAUUUGAGUUAAAGUGGGAGACACAGUUUUACUGCCCGAUUUCGGUGGACAAAAAGUCAAUAUAAAUGGAUAAGAACUUCUCAUUUUUAGAAACACAGACUUGUUAGGUAUAUUAUUCAGAUGAUCUUUUCUAAUUUUCGGAAUUUUGGCAAAAUCCUAUAACUUAUGACAAUAAGAACUGCUUUAUUAUUACAUCAAUUUAUUAAACAAUUAAUAUAAAAUAAUCUAAAAUGGGAAUUUGUCAUUCUAAAUCAAAGCUCAAAAGAAGUGGAGCCUUUCAAUGCAUCCCUAUUGAUUUUGAUAAAUUGAAGAGAUACAAUGAGGAACGAUAAAAAAACGAUCAAAACCUAGGUUAACAACAAUCCUUCUGUUAACUGAUUUGGUAGGAGGGCAACAAAAUCUCGAAUCAUCAGACCCAAACUUACAACAAUGUCUAAACCCAACAAAUUGAAUUAAGAAAACCAUGA